AUGUCUGCUCCCCAGCAAAUGACCGACAGUCUCGUCGCCCCAGUGCUCGGCAAGACUGCUGACUCCGCCGUUCAAGAGGAAGGCGUCAAGCGCACCGAUGGCAUCGCAGAAGACCCCGAGAUCAAGGACCGUCUGUCCCUAGAGGAGGAUGGAGGGAGCAGUGCUCAGAGCGAGGCCGGUACUAUUGAGGAGAAGAGUAAGGGUGUGUUGGAGAUGGAGUUUCUCACAGGCCGCCUCAGCCGAACCGUGCUCGUCAUUUUGUACGCGACCUUCAUGCUGCUGUCCUACAGUCUGUCUCUCAAUCAAUACACGAGCAGCGCCUACCUUACCUUUGCUGUAUCCGAGUCUUUCGAAGCCCACUCUCUUCAGUCAACCAUCAGCACUGUUGGCGCUGUCUUUCAGGCCAUGGCUCAGCCACCCAUCGCCAAGCUUGCCGACUAUUUUGGCCGAGUCAAGACCUACAUUGGCUGUGUCAUCUUCUACUGCAUUGGCUUGAUCAUUGUGGCUUCUUCGCAGAACAUUGUCGCGUAUGCCGUCGGCAACACAAUCUAUAUUGUGGGUAUAACCGGUCUGUUUUUACUGCAGAACGUCAUCAUUGGAGAUAUCUCCAGUCUCAAAAACCGAUACUGGUGGUCGCAAUUCCCUUCCAUCCCCGGUGCUAUCAACGCCUUCGUGUCGGCCAAUGUCGUCGCUAGUCUGAUGGCCCAUGGUCCCGCAGACAAACAAUGGAGAUGGGGUUUCGCCAUGUUCAUCAUCCUCACCCCUGCUCUCGCACUCCCCAUCAUUACCACCCUCUGGGUCAACACUCGUCCCACCCGAAUGGCCCGCGCCGAUGCCAAAGCUGCCAAAGCCUCUCGUGCACCUCAGUCCCGAGCUGCUCGCUUCUCUCAUCAAGCCAAAAGCUUCUUCUGGCAACUCGACUUUAUCGGCCUUAUCCUCUUUGUCAUCGGUUUCGGCCUGUUUUUCGUCACCAUCACUCUCGCCAACUCAAAGACCGCCAAGUGGUCCGAUGCGCACUCUAUCGCGCAGCUCAUCGUCGGCGCCGUCUUCAUUGCCGCGUUCGUCUGCUACGAGAGGUUCUACGCGCCGCACCCUCUCUUGCCUUUCGUCCUUUUGAAGCGAAAGACCGUCAUCGGCUGUGUCCUUAUCGCGCUCUUCCACCCAGUGGCAGGCCGAAUCGUCUCGGGCUACCUGUACACUUUCCUUCUCGUCGCUGCCGACCAAUCCGUCCUGUCUGCCACGAGGAUCACCUCCUUCCCCACUGUCGCGGGUACCGUCACCGCCAUGAUCGGUGCCCUUCUCUCUUCCCGCUUCCGAAUGCUCAAACCUAUCAUCAUCCUCGGUUUCGUCAUGGAGCUGUUGUCGAUGGGUUUGAUGAUCAGGUAUAGGCGAAGUACGAAUAGUCAGGGAGAGUUGGCGGUGGUGCAGUUGUUAAGAGGAGCAGCGAAUGGGUUCAUCCCGUAUCCUACGCAAGCGCUUAUCCAGGCUGCGGCGCCGCAUGAGCAUUUGGCUGCUAUCACCGCCGGGUGGUUGGUUGUUUACUACCUUGCUGGUGGUAUCGGAUCGGCUAUCGGAGGCGCCAUGUGGACCAACAUCGUCCCCAACAAACUACAAAACUAUCUCAACGGCGACGACGCCCUCAUCACAGCAGCUUAUGGGAACCCUAUCGGGUAUGCUACAAAGUAUGCUGUGGGAACGUUCGAACGUGAUGCGCUUGUGAGGGCUCAGGAUGAAGCUCAGCGCACGAUCGUCAUCGUCGGCACAUGUAUCUCCGUCCUCUCGCUCCUCACAUCCCUCUUCCUCAUCGACAAUCUCAGAUUGCCCGAUACACAGUCGAUUGAGGAGACUGAGAAGGUUGUGGAGGAUGCGGAGAAGGAGCGAAGGGGCAAGGUGGCUGUGCCUGAGGUGAACUGAACGAUGUUGAGGGAUGGUCUCUUCUUUUGAGGGGCUGGGUAAUCUGGAUGGCGAUGGGUAGAUUUAUAGUAGAC